AUGAAUCCUACAAUUGUCCAUAACAAUGUAGGCUCCAUGCGAGAGAAUGAUCAUGGAAAAUUGAAGUAUAGAAUACGAGAUAGAACAGUACUUUUACACGAACUUAUACCAAGGCUAAAAGAUCUUGUAUCAACCGUUAACAUACUUGUUACCCAUACUUUUGCAUUGACAAAAUUUAUAUUCAUCAAUGAGUUGGAAAGAAGCAAAUUUUUUGAUCUGGAAAAACACGCUGAAAAGGACUUUUACGAUGAAGUGUUCCUAGAGCUCACCAAACAAAAUCGUAAACCUUCUAAAUCAACGAAAACUAAAGACUAUAGAGAUUUAAUACGAAAGUAUAAAAACGAGUAUUGUAUCUUAACCAAGUAUGAUCCCAUCGAGUUGAAAUACGCGCAACAAAUAGCAGCAUAUGAGUGUGCGAAGAUCGACACAGCGUACAAAAAUUCAGUCAUAUUACAAUUUGGAAAUCGUUUCCGGAUGUUCAUUAACCACCUUACACAACAAAAGGCCAAGAUAACCAAGAGGAAACAAGAAUUAAAGAAAGCCAAGAAAAGCGAGAAUGAUAUCAAGAAAAUCAUUUCUGACGAAAACACAAAGCCGUUAACCCAAUUGAAGCUUUCUCUUGCCUCCGUAACCCUUUUGGACAACAAGGACGUCAAACUUAUUAAAGAAUUUUUUGGUACUUAUGGGCCGCGUUGCGAAUUUAUGAAAGCAAGUAUAUAUUAUGACUGUAAGGUACAGCCUUUGAAGCACCUUAAAGCAUAUUACAAGAUGGCAAAGUACUGUGAAGAAUUAGGCUACAAAUCAUUCAUGUGUUUUCCGCUCCGUCGAACGUAUGUGCCAUGCUAUAUGACGAUUGAUACAUUGAUCGUGAACAAUCAUAUUCUGCGUAAUACAAAUAGAUCUAAUUUAGACAAAGGCUUCAUUUGGAGCCAAAUAGUCAACCUCUCAUCGAAGGGCAUGAAGGAUCAAGGUGCUUCAAAAUCUUUGAAAUUUCGCGGAAUGAUUCAGUCUGAUGGUGUAGGUGUGUCGGUGUUGAAGCAAAAUAAAGAGAGUGCAAAGGGUGGUACGCGUGGUACCAGACUAGAAGAAGACGACAACUUUCGAUACAUACACCAGUUGUCCAAAACUGAACUUGAGGAAAUUACCGGAAGAUGUGUCCUUAUUGAUUCUGGACGGAGAGAUAUGCUCCAUUGCAUGCAGGAGAAUAGUGAAUCUAGAAAAGACAAACACACCUACAGAUACACCAGCAACCAGUGUGCGGUUGAGACGAAAAAAAGAAAAUUUAGGAAACUGCGCGAUAUAAAAAAACCUAUGUCAGUAAAGGAGCAUGAAAACUAUCUAUCGAAAUUUCCAGCAUCAGCAAUCAAAGUAGACAAGUUCUCUGACUAUCUCAAAGCACGUUCUAUAAUCGAAGAUCCACUUCGAGAGUACUACUCAAACGAAAACAUACCCCACAAAAAUGCCGAUCUGCUUCCCUUUCGCAACACAGACUUUGAAGCAACAAUUUGGAGACGAUGCUAUUCUCAUUCUUGGGGACUAGAAUGCCGGAAAUACAAAGUACCAAGAGCCAAUUCGUGGGAAAGGCAUGAACAUAAAACGUCUUCACUGUGCCCUACUUGUACGGUCGGUAAACUGGAAACUUUCAAAAAAGUUCAAAACUCACGACCUUUUCGUCGCUCGAAAUAUCACAAGGUGGAAUGCCACGGACUCUUACGAUGCCUCAAUCAUCAAUGUUUGGAGUCCCUCCGCCUCUGGAACCGAGAUCUUUCUGCGGUCUUAAACUUUCGGGAUAUUUUGAAGUCUCACCGAGAAGGGCUUGGCCACCCGACUCGAUUCAAGAGACAAUCUUUGAAACGCCCCUUACCCAACAAUCAACAAGCUUCUUACAGAAAACUUUUCCGCCAUAUGCUAUCCAAUGAAGGCCGCGAAUCUGCCUGA